AUGUCAACACCUAACCAAUAUCCUAAGACGAAUAGUGCCAAACCCAAUCAAUCUUCAACAUCAACAACAAUGAGAGAUAACAGUACCUCUGAAGCAAAACCAGCAAAUAGCGAUCAACAUCAAAAUAAUAAUAAUAACAACAACAGUAAUACGAAUAGCAUAGUAGCAUCAACUUCAGCAACAUCAACUUCUACUUCAUCACGUUUAACAUCAAAUAAAAUGCGUAGUGAUCCAAAUGAACCACAUAUUGGCAAAUAUCGAUUUAGCAAGACAAUUGGUAAAGGUAAUUUUGCCAAAGUUAAAUUAGCUCGACAUUUACCAACUGGUCGUGAAGUUGCUAUAAAGAUAAUCGAUAAAGCUCAAUUAAAUCCUACAUCAUUACAAAAAUUAUUCCGUGAAGUAAAAAUAAUGAAAGGACUCGAUCAUCCAAAUAUUGUUAAAUUAUUUGAAGUCAUUGAAACUGAAAAAACUCUUUAUCUUGUCAUGGAAUAUGCAAGUGGAGGUGAAGUAUUUGAUUAUCUUGUUGCACAUGGUCGUAUGAAAGAAAAAGAAGCAAGAUCAAAAUUUCGACAAAUUGUAUCAGCUGUUCAAUAUCUUCAUCAAAAACAUAUUGUACAUCGCGAUCUUAAAGCAGAAAAUUUAUUACUCGAUGCAGAAUUAAAUAUUAAAAUAGCAGAUUUUGGUUUUAGUAAUGAAUUUAUACCAGGAAAUAAAUUAGAUACAUUUUGUGGUAGUCCACCAUAUGCAGCACCGGAAUUAUUUCAAGGAAAAAAAUAUGACGGACCAGAAGUUGAUGUUUGGAGUUUAGGAGUUAUUUUAUAUACACUUGUUAGUGGUUCAUUACCAUUUGAUGGACAAAAUCUCAAAGAAUUACGCGAACGUGUCUUACGUGGUAAAUAUCGAAUACCAUUCUAUAUGUCAACUGAUUGUGAAACUUUAUUGAAAAAAUUUCUUGUAUUAAAUCCAACACGACGUGUUUCUCUUGAUGCAAUUAUGAAAGAUAAAUGGAUGAAUAUUUUUUAUGAGAAUGAUGAAUUAAAACCAUAUGAAGAACCAAGUCAAGAUUUUAGUGAUAAUUAUCGAAUUGAAGCAAUUAUACGAGAUGCUACUUAUUCUCGUGAACAAAUACUUGAUUCCUUAAGUACACGUAAAUAUGAUGAUAUUAUGGCACAUUAUCUUCUGCUCGGUCUUCGAACUAUUGAAGUUGAUGCAAUGGAAACUUCGAAUGGUCAAGUAUCAAAUAAUAAAGGUGUUACAGAUGCUUCAAAUACUCAAUCAACUUUAACAUCAAAAAUUAUUUCAUCAAGUACACGACCAUCAACAGCAAAUGAUAAAGAAAAUCUUCCAUCUAUUGAUAAACAACAUCGCCCAUCAACAACUGCUACAGCUGCUGCAGCAGCAGCGGCGGCAGCAUUAAAUACAAAUGAUCAUUCAUCAACGAAUGGUUCAACAACAACAAAUGGUGUUCCUAAUGCAUUACUUGCAGCUGCAAGUAUUGAUACAUCAACAACAAAUAAUAGUGGACAUAUACAAUUAAAAACUAGUACAAGUGGAAAUCCUCCAGGAUCUAAUGUUAUUACAAAUCGUACUAAUACAACAAAUCAAAAUAAUCGUGCACAAACAGUUCGUUUACCUAAUACAGGUGUACGUCGAAGAGACACAAGUGAUGCUGUUACAAUAAAUAAUGAUUCAAUGAGAAAAGUUGAUUCAACCAGUCUUAAUAAUGAAAAUAAAACUAAAACUGGAAAUACAACUACGGGAGAUUCUGUAAUUCCUGAAAGUCGGAUACCCCGUUUUGCACAAAGUUUUAAUCGUGGUGCAAUUGACCAAGCAUCACUAUCAUCAUCAACAACGUCUUCUCAAGCACCGCAUCAUAUGAUGCGAGGUCCAUUACGGGAAACAUAUAAUCCAAAAUCUGCAAGUAUUUCUUCAUCUAAUUCAUCAUCAACACAACAACAACAGCAACAACAAAAUCCAGAGAAUAUCAAACGUAGCAAAAUACCACAUCCUAAUAUUAAGAAUGGUGGAUCAGUUCGAGUUCAUUCGAACUAUCCUCAACCAUAUAAUUUCAAUUCUUCAACAGUGCAAUCUGCAGCUUCUACACCAACAUCAGCUAAUCCUCCAGCUGUACCUACAACAAAUACACGUACGGGUAGUGGUAGUUCUGGAAAUCCAUUGAAUCGUGCUGCUCCUGAUCGUAAAACUAUUCAUAAUAUACCUACACGUCAACCUCAUCCAACAACAAAUGCAUCAGCAACUACUAGUGGAUUAAAUACAGAUCAUCGAGCAUCAGCGCGAAAUCCUAAUAGUACAAUGAAUUAUGGUGACAUAAAUAAUCGUAAUCAACAUGGAGCAAUGAUGUCGAGUACAAAUAGUGGUGCUCAAUCAUUUCUCAGCAAGCUUUCAUCAAAAUUUGCAAGAAGAGAAUCAGCUACAACAUCGGGAACAACUGGAGGUGCUAUUGGAAAUAGUAUGACUGGUAGUGUAGCAAGUGCAUCGUCAUCUUAUCGUCGUCCACCGGAUCUAAAUAAUACAAAUAUGACAACAAGUACAGCAGGAAAUACAACAAAUGAUAAUAUUUCUGCUGGCGGUGGUAGUAGCCCUGGAGAACUAAAACCACGUUCACUUCGUUUUACAUGGUCAAUGAAAACAACAAGUUCAAUGGAUCCAUCUGAUAUGAUGAAAGAAAUUCGAAAAGUUCUCGAUAUAAAUAAUUGUGAUUAUGAACAACGAGAAAAAUUUCUUUUACUUUGUGUACAUGGUGAUCCAAAUACAGAUUCAGUUGUAUCAUGGGAAAUGGAAGUAUGCAAAUUACCACGUUUAUCAUUAAAUGGAGUUCGAUUUAAACGUAUAUCAGGCACAUCAAUUGGUUUCAAAAAUAUUGCGAGUAAAAUCGCUAAUGAACUCAAAUUGUGA